AUGUCGCUGCAAACCCCGCAGCCUUCCACGGCCGCCUCGGAUCUCCUGCUGCCCGCGGCCGGCGACAAACGUUUCUUGCUGGCGUGCGGAAUGGAUGAGGAGAAUUUGGAUCCCCCGUCGGCGGAGGCUGUCGGAACGGAACAAAAAUCGGGGGUGGCAGCGGCGAAAGAGGAGGCGGAAGAAGGGGGGAAGGAAAGCGAGAAACUGCCUGUCCAUCUGACCGAAUCCAGCACCGCUUCUGGGGGGUUAGAAAGGGGACCCAAAAGUGAUAUUUCCCCUUUCAACAGCUUCAUUUCCACAAUCAGCCAGAAACAAGAAGAUGCUGGAAGUUCACCUACACAGUUUGUUAUUGCAGAUAUAAAAAAUGUGAAAGAGCUUCCUCCCCUUGGCCAUGAUGUUAGGCAAAAACAGCGCAACUCUAUAGAUACACUUCCAGUAGAAAUGAAAGUUUCUGUUUCUUCAGAAGCUCCUCUUCCCAUCCAAACCAAAACUGCGAAAGACUUCCAAGAGGACGUAGAAAAAGCUAAGUUAUCAGGAGACUGGAAAACAGUGUAUGAGUUUUAUUCAACAACAUUUGAUUCUUUUCCAGAAGUCAAUACUGCAUUUAAGAAAUAUGUUGAUGCCUCAUUUGAUUCCAUUGAAGACUGUGGAGUUGAUAUUAAAUUUGUGAAUGCUGUUUAUAAUGCAUUGCUAAUUGCGCCUCAAGAUAUUCAGAAGUGUGUCCUAAAGGGAACAAUUAAUGGUUUAUUACAGGAAUGGAAAGGGCCACGAACAAAAGAUGAUCUUAGAGCAUAUUUUAUACUUCUACAGAAUCCUCUGUUUAGUAAUGCAUCAACAUAUGUCAUUUAUGCUCACCUGCUAAGACAGAUUUCUGCUUUAACAGAAGGAGAUCAUCACUUCUUAGUUCACUGGUUUAAAAAGAUGUCACAGAAGAGAUUAAAGAUGGUCAUAGACAGAUUACUACAGUUUAUUUCUUUACGUCUAUUUCCUGCAAAACCUGAAGAACUGCCUCCUGUGGAGAAGUGUAACUGGUGGAUUCCAUCCGCAACCAAAGUCUUGUCUUUAUUUAAUGCUGCAAAUACUCUAGUGAAUCCUCCAAUUAUUCCAUAUACAGAUUUCUAUAAUUCUACACUGGAUCAUAUUGAUCUUAUGGAAGAAUAUCAUAAUUGGCAAUGUUAUGGAAACUCUCAGAGGUUUUCCUUCUGUCAAUAUCCAUUCAUUAUUUCUAUAGCAGCAAAAAAAGUUAUUAUUCAAAGAGACUCGGAACAACAAAUGAUAAAUAUUGCACGGCAAAGCCUUGUGGAUAAAGUAUCACGGAGGCAAAGGCCUGAUAUGAAUAUGUUGUUCCUAAAUGUGAAAGUGAGAAGAAUGCAUCUAGUCAGUGAUUCAUUGGAUGAGUUGACAAGGAAGAGGGCAGACUUGAAAAAAAAAUUAAAAGUUACUUUUGUAGGAGAGGCUGGUCUUGACAUGGGUGGCCUAACAAAAGAAUGGUUUCUGCUUCUGAUUCGACAGAUUUUUCAUCCAGAUUAUGGCAUGUUUACAUAUCACAAGGAUUCCCACUGUCAUUGGUUUAGUAGCUUAAACUGUGAUAAUUAUUCUGAAUUCCGAUUGGUUGGCGCUCUAAUGGGACUAGCAGUCUACAACAGCAUCACACUGGAUAUUCGAUUUCCACCAUGUUGUUACAAAAAAUUGCUUAGUCCUCCCAUUGUACCCUGUGACCAAAAUACACCUGUAGGAAUUGGUAGUGUUAUGAUAGAUGACCUAUGUCAGGUUAUGCCGGAGCUGGCUCAUGGACUAAAUGAGCUUCUGUCAUACGAAGGGAAUGUUGAAGAAGAUUUUUAUUCAACCUUCCAGGUUUUUCAAGAAGAAUUUGGAGUCAUUAAGUGUUACAACCUAAAGCCUGGUGGUGAUAAAAUUCCAGUUACCAAUCAGAAUAGAAAAGAAUAUGUGCAGCUUUAUGUAGACUUCCUUCUCAACAAAUCAAUCUACAAACAGUUUGCAGCAUUUUAUUAUGGAUUUCACAGUGUCUGUGCUUCAUAUGCAUUGAUGCUGCUUCGCCCUGAAGAGGUUGAAAUUCUAGUUUGUGGGAGUCCUGAACUGGAUAUGCAUGCUCUCCAGAAACACACUCAGUAUGAUGGCUACCAGAAAACAGAUGUUACUGUCCGACAUUUCUGGGAGGUAGUACUUGAAUUUCCUCUUGAACUUCAAAAAAAGCUCCUACAUUUUGCUACAGGAAGUGAUAGAGUACCUGUGGGAGGAAUGGCUGACUUGAAUUUCAAGAUUUCAAAGAGUGAAGCAUCUACAAACUGGUUACCUGUUGCUCACACUUGCUUCAAUCAGCUCUGCCUGCCUCCUUACAAGACCAAAAAGGAGUUGAAGGAAAAAUUAACCAUUGGAAUUUCAAACGCAGAGGGCUUUGGGAUAGAAUAAGAAGAUUUUAAAAGUAUAGCAGAUGUAGCACUCACUCUCCUCUCAUUGUGCCUUUAAAGUUCUUCAUAUCCCUGUCUCUUAUAAUGUGACAGUCUUAUUUCAGAACUGUGUAGUGACUGUUUGUUUUUAAAGAAAAAAGAGUAUUCUUUUUUCUAUAUCAAAAUGUUCUUUCUAUUUCUUACAGUAAAAACAACUUUUUGUGUAUGUAGAUAACACACACACAAACACUAUAUGUCCAUAUGACAAGAAUGGCCUCUACGCCCUUCUGAGGAAAGGCUUGUUAACAGACCCAACCCCAUCACCUUGGUUGCCCAAACUAUACAAGCAAGAGGUGCAGAGUACUUUACUGUUGAUCUUAAUUUUUUAUAUAUAUAUAUCAGAAAUUUGAGAACAGAACUGAAGCAUAGUAUGAAGUAUGAGUUGUACACAGCAGUAGAGACCAUAGUUUCUGAACUUUUUACCCAAGUUGCUUUCUAAGGCAUUCUUAGAAAUUUGGUAAGUGCCCCCCUCCACUGCCUCUAAAGGCUUGAGGAAGAAUUGCUGCAUUUCAACUCACAGUAAGUAAAACAUAUCCUGCAUGAGUCUUCUGUAAAUCAGAAUUGCUCCCACUUGAACUGUAAGAGCAGCACUACUCAUCAGAGUAAUAUAACUGUGGCUCCUCCUUCUAGACAUCUUUUGUGUAAUAAGGGGUUUGGAGUCAUAUUCAUCUUCAGCAUCAUCACAACAAUUCCCAGAGAAAGCAGCCAUCAUGAUCUCUUGCAGAUCAAAAAGCAUGUCUGCUAGCACAAAAUAGCUUCUUUCCUAAAACCAUUUCUGUUUGGUUGGGGAUGACUGGGCAUGUUGAUAGGGAGGGUCAAAUGGCAUAUUUUGCCAUUCCCAGUGGUGGUUACCCUAUUUCUGAUGUGGGGAGGCAGCAGGCGGAAGUUCAGUGAUGUAGUGGGCAACUUCUUCCCAUUGGCUGCUGCUAACCUGUAGAGUACAUUGGGCCAAUCAGUGUAAAUCAUGUUCCAACUGAGAAUUACAACAUAUAAAUAAUAUAUUUCUUGGUGUUGGGAAGCUGCCUGAGCUGGACUUUGGAGAAGAUUCUUCAGAUGAUGACUAGGAGGAGCCAGAACCCAUUCUGAUGGAUGACCAGUAGGCCCAGGCAAACCCAGCACCAUUGGACUCCUUCCAGACCCAGUGCCCCUGGAUCCCAAGACCUAAGUCAAAAGGCUUACACAUUAAGGCUCAGGUGCUGGCAAUGCUGCCGACAUACCAGAAUCCAGGCAGCUAGUUCCCAGCUUUUCUAGAGCCAGAUCCUGGGGACCAUCUGGGGAGAGCAACAGAGAUGACUGACCUGUGGGGAGGCAAAUGCAGUGAUGGAGAAGUGCCAGGCUUGCAGCCUAUGUUCUAGCUACUGAGCUACUGAGCUCAUGCCUGCAUGAUGACAUCACUACCUAAGUUAGGGUUGCCAAGUUUCCUUACCCUCCUGGCACAUACCUUUUCCUUGCUCCCAUCAUGCUCUUUGUGCUCCCCCCGUGCCUGCGUGAUGACAUCACUUCUGGGAAGUGAUGUCAUCAUGCAAUGGUGCGUGUGCGCUUCAUAGCGGGUCAAUUUUGGCCCACAACAAGCCUCUUUAGUGUCAAAAUCAGCCUACUGUGAAGUGCGAGUGUGUUCCCAGGAUGGUGUGAUGAUGUCACUCCCAGGAGUCACAUUGUUACGCCGCCCUUGGAGCACACCAGGAAGGCCCAUUCCUGCACCUUCUCGCCCUCCCCCACUGGCUAGGUGAGUGGAGGCAGGGGGCAGAGGGUGGGAGCAGGGACUCCCCCACCCCCACUAUGGGAAUGGGAUCCCUAAACUAAGUGCACAUAGUACUUUGCAGGAUCAGAGCAAGCCCAGGAACAGGUGGGGCCCUCCAGGAUACUUAUGACCUGGGCUACACAGAGAACCCUGCUGGUUCAGCCAGUUCACAAAGUUCUAGUCUUUGGGUUCUAGAACCAAAUCUGCUCCUGUGCUUUAGACUAGGUGAUAAUCAGCAGGGUAACUCCUGGCUCUCAAGGAGACCAUCAGUCCAAGAAGUCUGAGGCCAGAACACUUGAUUAGUUAAGCCCAAUGAGGGAUUAUAUUCAUUCAGCACUCACGCUGCUUUUAACUGCCAUUAAUCCAAGACGUGUGGUUGUUUUUCAUGUUAAGGCAAAAAAAUAAGAUUUAGUAUAGAUGAAAUAUACAAUGUAAAUACUCUGGUUUUCAUUUUCAAAAAUGAAUGUAGUUAUUUUAAAAGCAUGUAAAUAACUGCCUGUGGAACAAUUUUGAUUUUGAUAGUGCCAUUUACAGCUAAAGAUUUAUUUUUACAACGUAUCGAGUUUCAGAUGUUAUAUAUUCAGCUUUUAAAGAUGAACAGAGUGUAAUUGUACAGGAAUAUAAAAGCUGCUAUUUUAAAUUAAUCUAUAUUCAUGAACAAACAUUCAGUAUUAGAUAGUUUGCAUGUUUAUUUAUAUUAAGAUGGUUUGGCUGUUGUAUGUUUUAUCUGUACUUUAAAAGAAGAAAUUUAACGUGUAUUGAUAGGUCUGGAUUUGUAUAAUUGAAAAACAAGUCACCUCUCAGCACGAGAAGUGUAAUUUUUGAUAUUUUUAAAUUAUGCAUCUUUUAAUUAGAAACUUGAUACUGUAAA